ACCAUGUUUAUUGAAUGAACACUAAACCUAUUUAUUUAUUCGUUAUUUCAAUCUGUUUAAAGGACGCGUAUUGUUGACAACGAGACAGCAUACGUAUUGUUACCUGUUGAUUGCAUGGCAUUGUUUAAAAUCCGUUAGAUUUCACACCUGAAUUCAGUGGCAUUUAAAUAUAGAAUUUUAUCUGGUGUGUGGAUUUAUGAAUAUUUUUGUAUGAUUGAUAUUCAAUGAAAUGUACCUUAAAAAUGGUACGCAAAUAUAAUUUGAAUUGAAUUUAGAACAGUGAUAUAUUUGGAUAUUUUAUAAACGGAUGCACGAUGACGGAUACAGUACCAGAUCAAUCGUUUAUCAUUGUUAAAUACGGCGAUGGUGAGGAAGCUUUAUUUAACCCUUGGUGUACCAGUCAUACGUUGAUGGAAUGGAUCAGACGAAAGUGUAGAUGUGACGACGAUAUUAUUAUAGACCUAGUUGACUUGGAAGGUCAAGUAAAGAAUUUGUCUGGACGCAGCAAAGAAUACGCAAAUGAAGUUGUGAAUGGACGGGAAACAUAUAUACUUAUUCGGGUGGAAAGAUGUCAUGAUGGCAAGUUUUUGUAUACCUCACUACUCAAUAACCUAGAGGAGUAUAAUUCUGAUUUGAUGGUAAAACUGAACAGUAUGUCUCGACCACAGACAAGAACAAAGAAGAAUGCCAAGAAAACUCCAAGCAAAUCAAGUAAAAGUAGGAACGAAUCACCAAUGAAAAGACCUGGCAGUGGAGAAAAAAAGAAAAGAUAAAAAAACAUUAUUCUAUAUAUAAAAAUUAUGUAAAUUUAAAUGUGAAAAACUUUGAAGUUUAAUAUAAAUGUGAAAACUUUUAAGUUUAAUUUAUAUGUUAUAUUUUUGAUUUUUUUUUCAGGAUUGUUAUCCCCAGCUGUGGAACUGUAGCUCUUUAAAUAAAGGUCCUUUUUUACAAUUUUUGGUCAAAAAAAUCCAAUAUUAUAAUAAGGACCAUUAGAGUUACAGUUCCUCAUCUACUUUAUACCCAACUUUAACUUUGUACUAAAUUUAAUUAUAGGGAGAGUAUUGUAUAUUUGCAGUAUAUUGUUUUUGUAAAAAGGUUAGAUUCAGUGGCAGAUCCAGAAAUUUUCCAACUGACUGCCCACAAAUUUCCCACUGGAUCCGCCUAUGAGUUUCUGUUUCUAUACUUCCUUUCCAUGUCCAGUUAUUUAAGAGAAGACGUACAUUGUUGUAGACAUAUCUAUUGAACAAAAUCAAAAUUCAGGGACUCAUAUUUGCAGCUACAUAAACACACACUUUU